CAGCUCUUGCGCACACCACACCCACUCAUCACAUGAUAGUUUCGAGUUUCGAUUUUUCUUGGUCGCAUACGGUCAAGAUGUUGUCCAUAUUUUUAGCGAUUUUUUGUCUUCUCGGGACAGCUCUUGGAAAUGGAGAGUUCAUCGUCUUCAGCUCACCAGAAUCGGUGAAAUUCGUUGACACCAACAAACCCCUUCCUGCUGAUCUAGUUCCCGAUGUUAUUGCAGCGAAUCUCGGCUUUUCAACCAAUGCGGAUUCUUCUUGGCCUGGAAUCGUUAGAGUUUCGCCAUUUAACUCUGCAAGGGUAGCUGUCAUCUUUGCCCUUGAUGGACCCUGGGCUCGCCUUCCAGGAGAGGUGUACAAGAAUGCUGUGUCCAAACAUCGGUACCAGCUGUCCCCAGUCGCUGGCGAGGGUCCUUCGGCCUGGUGGAUGCAGCUGCAGCACAUUGCUGCCCAGCGGAUGAUGAUCAAGGCGUACUCUAAGCAAGUCGCGCUCAGCGAAGAGCCGACCAAUGAUGUUGCUGAUGGCAUUGAUGUUGGAGCUCUGAGUCAGAAAAUCGACGAGGACAAGGCUUGGCUCACUGAGAUGCAGGCUUUGAAGAGCGUCAUGAGGAAUGCUAGCCAGUUCUGCGAUGCGUCCAAUGGUCCGGGAAUCCUUUGGCUCGACUCGACCGCCCUCCAUGCCUUGGCCGAUCUCCACGGAGACGGAUCAUCCCCUGUUCUUUCAGCAACGAAAAUCCUGAGCUCCGCCCUGGCUGGACUGAACGAAGUUUUUGAGAAGAACUGCGAUGGCAAGGUUUUCAUUGCCACCAUCACCACGGACUCCAGCCACACUCGCAGGACCAGAUCUCUUCUUGCUGAAACUGGAUCUGUGAAGGCUGAAGAAGAUAACGACUACAAUCUUUCUAAGGACUAUGACAAGUACUAUCCCGUCAUGUUCACAAUUUUCCUCUUUUUCGGAAUUGGAUUCUUCAUGUCUUUGAUCGCCAUUUCCAUUGCAAUUGGAACCAUGGACCCAGGAAGGGAUUCCAUCAUCUACAGGAUGACCAGCACAAGAAUGAAGAAAGAUAACUAAUUUUAUUUAGGCAUUGAUCCUCAUCACUUUUAAUUUGAACAACUUGUUUGUGAUACCAUGUUAGUUGGAAGUCCCUUUUCUGCGCGUUUUGUGUAGCAAUCAAAGUGUCAUAAAUAUCUAUCCUGUAACAUAAAACUAUACAGUAUUCACUCUAUCGCAGUGUAUAAAGCUUCCUAAAUUUUCUCAUUCUGAACUGAUUUUUAUGUACACACAUGAAUUUUAGCCUUUUGUCCACAUUCCACUGAUUGAUUUAAUGACUGAGGUGCACUUAAUGAAUUUGUAGUCGAUUCUUUCUUGUUUGUUGUACAUAGUGGAAGUUACAGUAAGUAAAAGAAGUGUAUGAACGGAUUAAUUGUUGUUAUUGCUGUUAAAUGUAAAAAUAUAUUAAUUCCAAAUCACCAAAA